UUGAUUAUUGCUCACCCCACUUCUCUGAGCAUUUACUGCAGAAACAUCUAUCCGUUACAAUUAAAUAGUAGCAUAGUAACACCUAGCUAGGCAAAUGAAAAUCACAAGGCUUUUUUGGUUUUUAGAUUCUAAUUGGAGGAUAAUACAAUAAAGCCUUGUUACAUGCUUCAAGCUUUGAGAUUGUCACCCCUUCAUCAAGAGGCCCCAUCUCCUAUAUAAAUUGCUACAUCUUUAUUAUUCUUCCAUCGCCCAAACAUCAAAAAAAAAAAAAAAAUGUCAAAGGGAGAGGAGGUGGUUCUUUUGGAUUUCUGGGCCAGCCCUUUCUGUAUGAGGGUAAAAAUUGCGUUGGGUGAGAAGGGGGUUACCUUCGAAUCAAGAGAGGAGGAUUUGUUUGGUGGGAAGAGUGAGUUGUUGCUGAAAUCAAACCCAAUUUACCAGAAGGUGCCUGUGUUUUUGCACAAUGGAAAGCCACUCUGUGAGUCCUCCGUUAUUGUCAGUUAUAUUGAUGAGACAUGGGCUUCACCUGCACUGCUUCCACCUUGUACUUAUGGACGUGCUCAAGCUCGCUUCUUGGCUGAUUACAUUGACCAAAAGCUAUUUGAUGCAGUUCGAAAUGUGGCGAUGAGCAAAGGGGAGGCCACAGAGGCAGCAAAGAAGGAGUUGAUAGAGAUAUUGAAGGUGGUAGAUGGAAGCCUUGGAGAUAAAGAUUUCUUUGGAGGGAAGACUUUUGGAUUUAUUGACAUUAUAGCAAUUCCUUUUACCAGUUGGUUUUUGGCUGCUGAGAAAAUGGGAAACUUCCAGGUUGAAGCUGAAUUCCCAAAGGUUUCAGGCUGGAUAAAGAGAUGCAUGCAAAGAGAGAGUGUUGCCAAAAUCAUUCCCGACCCUGAAAAGAUCUAUGAAUUUGUGCUCAUGUUUAGGAAGAAGAAUGGGAUUGAUUAGUCAAUAUUUAAUUAAUGCCCUAAUUUCAUCACUUGCUCAAGUCUUUCCUGUUGUUCUGUCAAAGGUGUAUGAAUGAUGAAGGAAAAGUAUCAUUUUCCUUUUCCUUUUCUUUUUCUUUUUAGGCAGUCACUUUCCCUUUGCUUAAUUUCAUGUAUUGUGAAUAAGAAAGGAACUAAUGAUUCCAUUGGUUUUCCUACCAUUAA